GUAAAAUUGACUUGACAUUUUACUUUCAGGAACUAACAGGCAGACAGAAUCACAAUUAAGGUAUUGUAAAACAAUAAUACUUGCUAGCUAUUUCUAGAUCAUUUCGGCGACCUCACCUAUUAUUAUUUAUGUACGUCUGUAUGUUGAUGCACCACAUUGCCGAUGCAUUAUGAUAACUGUAUUAUUAGCUAGCUACUGUAUAGCUUGCUGACUAUUCCUGUAGGCAGGCUUGAAAUAUGACUAGCAUCCUCGUGCUGCAACCCGCAAGUACAUUUUGCUCAAGUAUUAGUUACUGAAAUCGUUAUCUAUUAUUAUUAGGCCCCACAUGUGCCAGUGCACGAUGUGAAUAGGGUUACACAUUUCACUUGCACAUUUUUUCUCCACUACUCUAGUUACCUAGCUAGCUACCCGUAGCUAGUUGCUUUAUUGAUUCACACACAAUAAGCAUCCAUCCAUCCGUUCUAAUCUACCAAGCCAUGAUUUUCACUUUGACACUUUCUGACAGACAGUGAUGAGCUCAGGAGACUCCAACCCCGCCGCCACACCCACUCUUUGUGUGGACAUCCAGGGAGAUGGGCGAUGGAUGUCUUUGGUGUGUAUCCUGCUGCCAUUUUAGAAUAACAGUAGUAGUUAUAGUCAAUUUCCUCUCGUGUCCUGAUUCAGAGGGGUUGGGUUAAGUGCGGAAGACAUAUUUCGGUUGAAUGCAUUCAGUUGUGCAACUGACUAGGUAUCCCCUUUCCUCUCUCCUUCUGCCUACAGCAUAACCACUUUGUGUCUAACAGCAAGGACAAGGAACCAGAUGUCCUGUUUGUAGGAGACUCUCUUGUCCAGCUCUUGCAUCAGUUUGAGGUAAUCUCUCUAUCCUGACAGCUGUAAGGGGACUGCAAACAUGGGUGGCAUUUGUUGUUUGGAACUUUAACUAACAUUUGCCACAUUUGAAUAUUUUCUGAUUACAAGUCUUGUAAUUGCAGAAGAAGACAUGUUAGCUGCUAUGUUAUGCUAGUUGAUAUACUGGUGUUGAUGUGUUUUUGUCAGGUGUGGCGAGAGCUGUUCUCCCCUCUCCACGCUCUCAACUUUGGGGUGGGAGGUGACGCAACACAGCACGUCUUGUGGAGACUGAGCAAUGGAGAGUUGGCCCACAUCAGCCCAAAGGUAUGUAUGCACACAGACAACAAGUUAAUACGUUACAUUAGAGUUGAUCAUACACUACUCAUUGUUCAGAUUUAAACCCUAAUGGCUGCACAGACCCAUGGUCCCAGGCCUGUUCCUGGGCCAAAAAGCACUUUCAGUAUCAAUCAUUGAACAUGCUUUUAAAUCAAGUGGUAUGAAUGAAACUGCCCACCAAGUUGAUGUUUGCGCCUUCACCAGGUAGUGGUGCUGUGGGUGGGCACCAAUAAUCACGGUCACACUGCUGAACAGAUCUGUGGCGGCAUCAUGGCCAUAGUCCAACUCAUCAAGGACAAGCUGCCGAAGGCUUACACUCUCAUACUGGUAGGUUUUUCUACCUCUUUUCUACCACAAAUGUGAGUUAAACCAUUGUAAUGGGAAGUUAUUUGAUUAAUUAUUUUCCUGUAUUUGAUUUACUGUUACUAAGUACUGAUGUUCCUUCCUUUGACCUGUUUAACUGCCAGUAUCAAAUGUCUGCCCGUGUUGAAUGUUAUGGUUAAAGUUAGCUGAUGUUGUGACUUCCUACAAGGCUCUCGGGCUGGUGUUUACUCAACACUCAGUGCUGUGCUCUAUUAAUAUAUAAGCACCUUCUCAGAGAAACCCAUUAGACAUUUCUCUUGGCUUCUGCUCUGGAGAUGUUCUCCAUGAAUUCUUGUAAUAAACUGAAAUUAUUUUGAUUUAUAUGAUCGACUGCUCUCCCUUUUGUCUCCCCUGGAAAAUCCCCUUUACAACCAUGAACCUUUAUGAUAACCCAAACCUAAAUUAUGAACUGCAUGCUUAUGGACUUUAUUAUCAUUGCUGACUAUAUUGGCACGUUUGUCCUUUCUAGCAUGGCCAUCUAGUGACUAUCAUGCACAGGAUGUUGGUGGCACCUUAAUUGGGGAGAACGGGCUCAUGGUAAUGGCUGGAGCUGAAUCAGUGGAAAGGGAUCAAACAAAUGGUUUUCAGGUGUUUGAUGCCAUUCCAUUUGCUCUGUUCGGGACAUUAUUAUGAGCUGUUCUCCUCUCAGCAGCUUCCUGUGCUAUCAUGUAUGUUUCCAACCACAGGGAGUGCUGCCCAGGGGUAAGAUGCCCAACCCCCUGCGGGAGAGGAAUGCCCAGGUCAACAAGCUGGUCCAGGAGGCCGUGUCCUCCCUCUCCCACGCCUCCCUCCUCAACGUGGACCCCGGCUUUGUACACUCGGAUGGCAGCAUCUCCCACCAGGACCUGUAUGACUACCUCCACCUCACCCCUCAGGGCUACCAGGCUGUGUGCCAGCCGCUACACGCCCACCUCAAG